AUGUAGAUUUUGAUCUAGAAGAUAUUCUUUCUGGAGAAGAUUAUAAAGAGAUUUAUCAAACCAUAAUUGAUGAUAUUAAACAGAAUUUCGACAAGUGGAAAAUUCAACCAGAAGGAAUUUUGACCGUAGUUAAACAUAAUUCUGGCAAAAAGCAUUAUAAAGAAGGAUUUGACAAAGACAAAUGGGAGGAGAUUGAAAAGUUAUUAGAUUUGAAAAGUAAAAUUAAACAAGGAAUUGAAAUUUUGGUAUUUGAUGAUGUGAAAAAACAUAUAUCUAAAGAUCAUGAUUUUAUUGCGGUUUUAUCAGGAUUAUCAAUUCAACUUUAUAGGAUGAAUAAAAAAUCUUGUGAAAUGAUAAAUGGACAACAUGGAAUUAAUAUAGAAAGAAGAACUUUUGCACCAUUCAUUUUUCUAGGAUUUAAUUCUAUUUCUUCUGCAACAUCUCAUGAUCCAUGUUUUAAAUUACGUAAAAGAAUAUUAAUAUCUUCGAUUAAAAAUAAUAUUGAAAGAUUACAUCAAGUUUCUCAUCAAGAAGUUACUAAUUUAAUUAAAAAAUAUAAAUUAAAAUCAAAUUUAAAUAUAUUGGAAAUAUUAAAUGAAUAUGUUGAGAAUGUCACUAGUGAAUUCAUGUGGGGUUAUAAUAUUAUAUCAAAAUAUCAUAUUGAUUUUUCAGAUAAAGAUUAUAAAUUAAAAAAUUUAUCUAUUAUACAGGCUUUAAAUCAGGCACUUCAUGAUGUUUACACAUAUAAAUAUAGUAAUUUAUUAUACAUACCAAUAACAAAAGAAUCACGACGAAUUUUAAAUAAUAUUGCACAAAUACGUAAGAGUUUUAAAGAAAUGACACGAGAUUUGAUUGAUAAUUUUUCUGGAAAAAGUUUAAUUAAAGAUAUGGUUGAUAAGAAUUUUCAAUUAGAAGAAAAAUUAUAUGAUGAUAUUAUUAUAACAACAUCAUCAGGAUUAAAUAUAGUUAAAUUAAUGAUUAUGUCUAUUAUUUGGCAUUUAUACGAGGAGAAAAAUAGGAAAUGGCGCAACAUACUUUAUGACGAAGUUAAAAUAUUAAAUAAAGAUGGCUUUGAUUAUACAAAAUUAGCAAGUCUUUCAAAUUUUAACGCGUUUAUAUCUGAGGUGAUACGGUAUGAAUCAUCGUUUUCAUUUUUAAAUAAUUACACAAUUAAAGAUUUUGAAAUGGUUAUUGGUGAAAAAGUUUACAAAUUUAAAAAAGGAACUUAUAUAACAUCAAAUGUUUAUGCGAUUCAUCAUAAAAAAGAUUCUUUGUUAAAAUUCGAUCCUUCUAGGUUUUUAAAUAAGAAUGAUGAUUUAUGUUUCAUACCUUUUGGUAUUGGUGGGCGUAGUUGUCCAGGAAAAUUAAUUGGUUUAUCUAUG